AAUAGGGAGGAGAGAGAGUGGUGGGAAGGGGCGUUCUCCACUGGUUAAUUGGGUCCACCAUUGUGGGUCAGCCAGAUCUGUUUCUGAACUCCAUAAGAACUUCAUGAACAAGAGAGACGAGCCCAGACACAAACCGCAGAAGAUUUCAGGGCUUUAGAGAGAGAAACUCCUCCUGAUAUAUGCAUAUAUAGAGUGAGAGAGUAUUAGGAGAAGAGAAGAGUACACUCAUUCCUUCCAUUGAUUUGUUUGUCUCCUGUUAUUCCUUUGCCGAUUCACCAUCUCUACAUAGAUAACGAACUAUUCUCUAUCUUCCAUUACACUGAAAUGUAUCAAUUUAUCUUUUAAAUCCUUUUAAUUUGCAUGUUACUCCUAUUUCAUUCCGUUCCUUUUCAUUUAUUCUGACUUGAAUUUUCUAAGCUCUCAAUGUUUCCAUAUGCGUUCCUCUGUUUCAAUGUGAUCUAUGUACAAAUAAAUAUAUAUACACACACACAUGUAUCUAAUGUGUAUUUCGUAGUUCACUAAUUGAAACCUUCUCUCUCUCUCGUUGGAACAUAAUAGAGCAGGAGAAAAAUGGCGGCUUCGGCGCAACCGCAGUUCAUAACAAGCACUGGAAGCACAAGUGCACCACUGAUCGAGAAUUCCGAAUCCAAUCAAAUUGUCGUACCAGAUAAAAAAAGCUGGAAAAACCUAUUUGCCUACAUGGGUCCUGGGUUUCUUGUUUCUAUUGCAUAUAUUGAUCCUGGAAAUUUUGAAACUGAUCUACAGGCAGGAGCACAAUACAAGUAUGAGUUACUUUGGAUCAUAUUGGUUGCAUCAUGUGCUGCUCUCAUUAUUCAAUCCCUGGCAGCAAACUUAGGGGUUGUCACAGGAAAGCAUUUAGCCGAGCACUGUAAAGCUGAAUAUCCAAGGGUGCCCAAUUUUAUCCUAUGGGUUAUUGCUGAAAUUGCAAUAGUUGCAUGUGACAUUCCCGAAGUGAUUGGAACAGCCUUUGCUUUGAACAUGCUCUUCAACAUUCCAGUAUGGUGUGGUGUUCUUCUGACAGGGCUCAGUACAUUGGUUCUACUAGCACUACAGCAAUAUGGGGUAAGAAAACUUGAGUUUUUGAUUGCUUUUCUGGUAUUUACAAUUGCCGCAUGCUUUUUCGCGGAACUUGGGUAUGCAAAUCCCAAAUCUUCGGAAGUCUUGUAUGGGCUUUUUGUUCCUCAACUUAAGGGAAAUGGGGCUACUGGCUUAGCAAUUUCACUUCUUGGUGCUAUGGUGAUGCCGCAUAAUCUCUUCCUACAUUCAGCCUUGGUGCUUUCCAGGAAAAUACCUCGAUCUGUUAGUGGCAUCAAAGAGGCCUGCAGAUUUUAUAUGAUAGAAAGCGCCUUUGCCCUUAUGGUGGCCUUUCUCAUUAAUGUAUCUGUCAUCUCAGUAAGUGGUGCAGUUUGCAACUCCUCAGAUUUGAACCCAGAUUAUCAGAAGAGCUGCCAAAACUUGGACCUGAACGAAGCCUCCUUUUUACUUAAAAAUGUAUUAGGUAGUUGGAGUUCAAAGCUCUUUGCAAUUGCUUUACUGGCCUCAGGACAGAGUUCUACAAUAACCGGAACAUAUGCUGGCCAAUAUGUUAUGCAGGGUUUUCUUGAAUUACGACUAAAACCAUGGAUAAGGAACUUCUUAACUCGGUGCUUAGCUAUAGUCCCUAGUCUAAUUGUUGCAAUCAUUGGUGGUUCUGAUGGGGCUGGAAAGCUGAUUAUUAUUGCAUCGAUGAUUUUAUCAUUUGAACUUCCUUUUGCUCUCAUUCCACUUCUCAAGUUCACCAGCUGCAAGACCAAAAUGGGUUCAUAUGCCAAUUCAAUUGCGAUUUCAGCAACCACUUGGAUCAUUGGCUCCCUGAUUAUGGGCAUAAAUAUAUACUAUCUUGCAUCCAGCUUCAUAAAAUUGCUUCUUCAUAGCCAUUUAAAGCUCGUGGGCAAAAUUUUUUGUGGAAUAUUGGGAUUUUCAGGCAUGUUGAUCUACUUGGCUGGAAUUGCAUACCUUGUCUGCCGGAAAAACAAGGAGGCUACUCACCUUCUUGCAUUAACAACCCCUGAAAGUCGACAAAUGGCUGAUGAAUCAGGUAACGGAUCAGUUUACAGUCUGCCUAGAGAGGACAUAGUUAGCAUGCAAUUACCUCAGAGGAAAAGUACUGUGGACGUUGACUAAAGGAUCAAGCAAAUUAAAUUAGGAAAUGCUAUGUUUGGGAGCAACGAAUUGAAACUUUGAAAUUGGAGAAAAUUUAGUCCAAGCUCCCAUACAUGACAAAAGUAGAAUCCAAGCAACAAUGGUAUGGACAUUGUGCAUUGUUUUGCUGACCAUGUGGUUUUGUAGGCUUAGCUUAUGGCAAGAAAUCAGUUAGCAGUUUGACAGUGUAGCUUUUACUAUAGUUCACUGCUUAUAAAAAUGUAGUUCCAAAA